ACAUUUCAGUCGAAAACGUUGCGAAUGUUGCGGAGGAAUAAUUUACCGUAUCCUUACACUUCUCAAUAGUAAUUCAUUCUAAGCUGCAAAUGUUGCCGAAGUUGUAAUUAUUUAACAUAAAAUAAAUUAGACAACAACAUGCAAUUGCAACGUUCCUUCAGCAUUAGCCAAUUAAAGGCAUUGCUGCGCAAAGAUGGACUUGUGCGCCUGCGUCAACCGGUUAUGACCGUUGUGCAAGUAGCCUGGCCUUGCUUGAUUUUUAUGCUGCUCUACCUCAUUCGACUCAAAUUCGGUCCCGAACAAAUAGAAGACUGUCAAUUUGCCACACGUCUGCUGCCCACUAAAAAUCAAGUGCUACCCAGUUUUUAUUCGUAUAUUUGUAGUUUGGAAAAUAAGUGCAUGAGCACAAAUCCGUAUGAGGAGACUACCAGCUGGAAAAAUGCACCUAUGAAACCAAUUAUCGAUAUCGUGAAUAUUUUUGUCACUGACGAUCGCAUGUUUGACGCUGUCAUCGAUUUGCCGGAAAAGGCGAAUUUUAUAAAUGCCGUUACGGCUGUGGUCACGGGUGGACAUUUUAAUGAGAUACGACAAAGUAUCGGCGAUGUUAUCGGUGUAGUACCACAAGUGGAGGAUUUUCUGAAUGGCACUUUCGAUAUAAGGCGGCUGUUUUCAGAUCGUCGAACCUUUGUGAAGGCCGGUUACUUGAUGUGUGGCCAUCCGUUCCCCAGCACUGAUACCAUACCUUUAGUCAAUGAUAUUCUUUAUGACACUGAGGAUUUCAGCAAAGUGAAUGACGACGAAAUCAAUGUUAUGCCUACCAAAUACUGCAAACAGUUGUACUUGAACAUUACUACCACAACCACAGGCAAGCUAACUUGGAAUGUGGUGAAACCCCUGAUACAUGGCAAGAUUUUAUAUGCGCCCGUCACGGAGGAGACUCAGUCAAUUAUGAUGCAUGCAAACACAACCUUCGAGGAGUUGAAUCGCCUGAAGCGGCUGUCAGUUGCGGUUGCCGAUAUAGUCACCAAAUUGCGCGAAGAUGAACAAUUUCAGAAGAGUUUCGAUAGCCUACUCAAGUUGGCCACGUCGCCAACUGUGCGCGCCUACAUCGGUGACGAUAUUGAUGUCGAUGAAAUUGUCGGCAUUGUCAAUCGUAUACAAACCGAUCCACUUGUCUACGACGUUAUUAUGACAAUUAAGAAUAUAUUAGAGUGUUUCUCGGUGGAUCGUUUCAUACCCGUGGCAACAGCUAAAGAUUUGCAACUCACUGCGUAUGAUUUAAAUGAGAAGCGCUUAUUCUUUGCUGCGGCAUAUUUCAAUAGAACUGAUAACGAAGUAUCAUACAAACUGCAUAUGGAUACCGAAAACACUCAACCGACUUUCGAAAAUAAAAAUCGUUUUUGGUUCCCAGGCCCAGCGGGUAGUAUGAUACGCGACAUGAAAUACCAUCGCGGCUUUGUACAGAUAAAGAAUGCCAUCGAUAUGGGCAUCAUAAAACAUAUGAAACUUUUGCAUAAAAAUGUGACUGAAGAGACAUCUUUCGAGUUGGGCACACAUAGUCCUCUGACAAUUGAAAUCGAAACAGGUAGCGGAUUUGGUGAAGACGAAGACGAUGAUGAUUGGUCGACACCGCAAAAAGAUGACACCGACGACUUUGUACAGUCUCAAAACAAAACGAGCAAUGCAAAUUCAAUGGAAACCAUGAUCAACUCAGACGAUCUGAAGGUACAUACACGCAAGCGACGACAAGCUCUGCUCGAUUUGAUUGGCAUGUUUGGUGGCGGCAAUACAGACGCAUUGAGCAAAUAUGGCGUAGAAGGUCUGCAAAUGCACACGAAACAAUUUCCAUAUCCCGCCUACACGCACGAUGACAUGAAAACAGGUAUUUACUUGGCACAGGCGAUACAAGUCGCCUUUUUCCUGGGAUUGGUAGCGGAAAUUGCUAGCUGCGUGCGUCACUUUAUUUGGAUGCGCGAAAGUCGCAACACUAUGAUCAUGCGCUCCAUGGGUAUGAAGCCUUACUCAGAGCUCACAUCCUGGAUUUUGGUCACAUUUGUUGAGCUCGUUGUUAUUUUUGUCGGCGUAACGGCUAUACUCUAUGUUGGCGGUUUGCUCAUGUACGCCUCCUUCAUCUUCGUAAUGUUCUUCCUGAUUGUGUUUGGCGGUUGUUUGAUUUCUUUUUGCUAUAUGUGCUCAACUUUCUUCACCUCGGCAACAAUUGGCGCCGUUGCUACGGCACUACUCUUUUUCAUCUCCUAUUGUCCCUACAUCAUAGUUUUGCUCUUCGACUCGCAUCUUAACUCAUUUGAGAACUUUUGCAUCAACUUAUCCUUCACCACUGCCUUCUCACACGCCUGGAGCCAUAUUAUGCGUAUGGAAUUGCAGGAAAUCGGUUUGGGUUUCGUACAAGUCUUCCAAGAAGGUUUUAGUGGUGAAUUUGGCUUUGCUUUCUUCAUGAUAGUAUUGGAUGCGAUAAUCUAUGGGCUUAUCGGCUACUUGGUGCGACGCUUCUUGGAUGAUGAGUACUGUUUUACUGAAGUACAACGCGAAGACUUGGAUUCGGGUGUGGGCGCUACAAUUACAAAUGUCAGCAAAUUGUAUGAUGAACAAAUUGCAGUCAGCGAUGUGAAUUUGUCACUGCCCAAGGACAAGAUCACUUGCCUAUUGGGUCGCAAUGGCGCCGGAAAGAGUACAAUAAUCAAAAUGCUCACCGGUCAAGUGGUACAGUCAACUGGUCGCGUUAUACUCUCUCAAGCCAUGAGUAGCAGAGAUGAGUUCGAUAAAGUGGGCGUGUGCUCUCAAGACAAUAUUCUAAUACCAAAUUUGACAGCGCGUGAGCACUUGGAAUUGUAUGCUUCUAUCAAGCUAAAGCAUAAUUACAAAUCGGAAGUGGAUAAGACACUGAAAAGUUUGAAAUUUGGCAAAUAUGAGGAUUACCAAGCUGCUCAACUGUCCGGCGGUUACCAGCGUAGACUUUGUGUGGCGUUGGCCUUCAUAGGUUCGCCAAACGUAGUGAUAUUGGAUGAGCCAUGUAACGGUGUCGACUCGAAGGCGCGUAAAGAUAUAUGGGAGCUUAUACAACGCUUGCGCAAGGGACGCGCUGUGGUUUUCGCUACGCACUUUCUAGACGAAGCUGAAUUUUUGAGCGACGUUAUUGUGAUCAUGAAAAAUGGUAAAAUCAUUGCCAAACAUAGUCCGGCGACACUUCAGGAAUUCUGCACCUCAGGCUAUGACGUGCUGAUCCAUUGCAACGAUACUCAAACUAUUACUGAAAUUCGAAACACCGCUGAAGAAGUACUGGCCAGCUUCAAGGAACCGGAUUGGUUAGAAACCGGUGACAUACGCUUCCAAAUACCAUACGACCAGAAUGGCUCACGUAAAUCAAUCGAUUUCCUGAAUUAUCUGCAAAAUUUACAACUUAGUGACCGUAUUUCGGAUUUACGUGUCGAGAGUCGUAAUUUAGCACAAAUCUUCUCGGAGUUGCAUAAAGACCAUGAAAAUGGAUUUACGGCCGCCAAAUCCAAGUCGGAUAUGAGGCCAGUGGAAUUGAAAAACUCGAGUGGGGCUAAUAUUGUGAGCAGUUUGUCAUUGUGUUUCUUAACCGCUGUGCGAAAUUUACUUUGGAAACGUCUUCUACACUUCAGCCGAAAUUAUCGCAUUUUGAUGUGCGUCAUUGUAUUGCCAGCGAUAUUCGAACUGUUCGCCAUGUGGUUUGUCACUUAUCGCCUGGAGGACGAUUAUGACAAAACGAUAAGUUUCACGCGCGAGCUAUAUCCGAAAACAACGCAAAUGUUCAGUAUGGAAUUGAAUAGAACGCUGACAAAUGCCGCUUAUGAUAGCUUGGCAGAGCAGUGCUCCGAUGAGAGUCCAUGUCGAGAGUUUGGCAACUCGAGUGCAGCUUUCCAUUGGAUCUUAAAAUCAAUGAAUGAGUAUCAGGAGAAACGCUAUGGCGGCUAUUCCUUCAACGACACGAAUGCCAUUGUUUGGUACAACAAUAAGGGUUACCAUGCUAUGAUGGCUUGGCUCAACGAUUUGAAUACGAAACUGUUGCAAGUGGAGUUGGGAGACAAUAAUUUCAGCAUCACAGCUUUCAACGAACCAUGGAAGCUGGGAGCGGUGGAGCUAAGUACGACUUCAGUUUUACGUCAAGCCGGCGAUUCUUCUAUGGUAUUUAUACUACUGAUUGCCUUCAGUUUAGUGGUUGCGGUGUCCUCUGUUUUUCUAGUCAACGAACGUGUUAAGGGCGAGAAGCUACAACAGAAGCUAUGCGGCGUUAAUUUGGCUACCUACUGGGGCGUGGCAUUCGUUUGGGACUUUCUGGUCAUGCUGCUCGCCAUAUUGGUCUGUGGUGCUAUCAUAUUCGCCUUCGGAUUGCCAGUCUUUGUUGCUCGCCAAAAUGUUGCAGGUAUCUUUGUGCUGGCGCUGCUCUUCGCAUUUGCUUGUAUUCCUGGCGUACAUGUAUUUGAGAAAUGUUUCAACGACUCCAGCGUGGCGAUUGUUACCAUUUUCUGCUUGAACAUCAUAAUUCCGCUCUUCACAAUGGCCAACAUUGUGCUGCUGGGAGUGGUCGGUGACUCACCAGUAUGGGACGAUUGGCGUUACUUCCUAAAUCGGGCAUUCCUCGUUUUUCCGCAGCACGCGUUCGGCGAUGGCCUGUUGGAGAUCUGUAAAAACUAUAUGGUUUCACUUGUCUUCCAGCGUUACGACAUCGAAUCAUACAAACAUCCCAUUUUCAGUGAUUUACUGCUACCUCAUAUGUUGGCAUUAUUUUUGCUCGGCAUUUUCUUCAUCAUUAUUAAUGUGCUUUUGGAAAAUGGACAAAUUUAUAAAUUAUGCGAAUCGAUUUUGAUUCGUCUCCCCUUCUACCAAAAGUACGAGGACAAGCAGGCGGAAGAAUUGAAAAUCGUGUCCAUACAAAAUUCGCUUAAGAUAGCAGAUAAGGAUGAGACCCCACAGGUCUUGAAAGUGGACAAUCUGUACAAGUGCUACGGUCGCGGCCCAUAUGUUAUUAGGAAUGUCACUUUUGCGGUAAAGGCGGGCGAAUGCUUCGGGCUGCUAGGUAAGAAUGGCACUGGCAAAUCGACGAUAUUCAAAAUGCUUUCUGGUGAAUUGCAGCCAAAUGUGGGCGCAGUCAACUACUUCAAUGGAGAAAUUGCCUACUGUCCGCAAACGAACCCUCUGGAUUCUCUGCUCACUGUAGAGGAAUGCAUCCGCUUCUAUGGUAAACUGCGACGUGUCGCCAACGUCGAUAAGCUUAUAGAGCACGUACUCGAGUCGUUCCAACUGAAGUCGUACCGUCAUGUUUUGGUUAAGAAUUUGAGUGGCGGUAAUCGCCGCAAACUGACGGUAGCGCUAACCUGUUGCGGUCGCACCACUGUCGUUUUAAUGGAUGAACCCACAAGUGAUAUGGACCCGGUGACGCGUGCCAUUGUCUAUCGCACAAUCCACGAACUGCUCGCAAUGCAACGCGCCGUCGUGCUCACUUCGCAUUCCGUGUCUGAGAUUGAUGCAAUCUGUCAUCGUAUCGCAGUGCUCAAGGAUGGACAAAUACUGACCAGUGGCAGUCCGGAGAGCUUGAGUACACAAUACGGUGGCUACUAUGAUGUCGUCAUUUAUGGGGAUAACCAGUUGAUUGAGUCGGUAGAGAAGGCUAUUCAUCUACGCCUGCCACAGUGUGUUGACUUCCAUACAUAUACGCACUCCAUUAAGUUUAGUUUGAAAAUCAAAACGUGCAAGCCACAGGAGAGUGAUAGCGAUACAUCGCAAACAACACCGAACGACAAGGCAAUCACUCUGGCUGGUCUGUUCACCGAGCUGGAAGCUUUGUCCGAGCAAUAUGAGGGCCACUUACACUAUACCGUCAACCAUUGUCGGCUAGAUGCGGUGUUCGAACGCAUUUUGGAUAGCAGCGAACAACCGUCGCCACUAUCCGCCGGCUUGAACAAGUCAGGCAUAAUGGGCAGCCCUUCGACCGGUUACAUACACAAUGGUUAUGUUGAAACGGAGACUGUCACAUGACCGACCGUACAGCGCGUCGCUGCGUCAACCAUCGCUAGCUGAUUUUACUACUCAGGCUGUGCUCUACUAAACUAAGCUCUAAGAUUUUUAAUAUGUUUAGUAAGUUUAGCGCGUUCGGUCACAAAUGGCGUAACCCCAUCAGUAAUAUGCGUCCAUGUCAACAUAUACAUAUGUACAUAUAAAUAACUACACGUGUAUUUACUUAAUUAAUCAAUGCAAUUGCAAUGUGUGAUAAGUUUUAUUUUUUGUUUUGUUUUUUUUUUUUUAAAUAUUUGUAUUUGUUUUGCGAUUUUAUUUUAUUUUAGUGUAUGAAGGUGUCACAAGUUCGGGUGUAGCUGAGUAAAUAGUAUUUUAUUUUGCCUUUUUAAAUGUGUGAGCUUUUAUUUAGAUGUUAAGCGUUUAUAAAUAUUAUUAAUAUUUCUAUGGAAUAUCCUUUUAUAUUCUAUUGGCAAAUUUGUACAUAUGUAUGUAUAUGUGUGUGUGCAACUUCUGUUUUAUUUGUGCGUAAUUAAUUUCAAUGGCGUGCCAAUUGCCAGAGCUGAGCUCGAAAUAAAAUAAACAGUAGUGGGAUUCAUGAAACGUCGCAAAGUUGUUGCAAAAUUUGCAACCUUGCGACACAGCUGAUUACUUUUGUAUAGAAAAUUUCUUGCGACAAAAUCGCGCAAUUGCCAUAUUAUUUGAGCUGGCAAUUAUCGCAAAGUCAAAGUCGUGAAACACAUGUUUUUUAUUGUCUUCGAAUACUUCAAGAACAAGUCAUUUUUAAGCAAAAAAAAACCGACCUCAAUUCCCAUAUAAACAUUUAAGAUUAUCGUUAAUUUCUUCAUGAUCGGAUUUAAACCGAAUUAUUGUGGGACCACCUGUGUGAGUAACUCCUUUAUUUAUAAA